AUGAAGCAGUUCCGCGUCUUUCUACUUCAAGACGAUACGAAGCGUGAAGGGGUUAGAUUCGGCCAUAGUCGAAUCGAUCUGGAGGGUCGCCCGUCGACUGACCAUCCCGAAGCCUCCCAUGAAGUUGUGGGAAUCCGCAAGUUCCUCGAUACUAAACACGGUAUACUGUUCACGUUGACUGAUAAGAUUGUACAGGUCUGCUUCUAUGAUGGCUCAGAGCUGGUUCUGUCGCCCAAGACGGGGUCUGCUGUCUAUGUGUGUCGAAAAACUGGCCGUCGAUUUACGUUCAGCCUCAGUCGGUUGCCCGAACUCAAUAACCUCGGUUCUCAAACGGCCCAUGAUGUG